UGGGAGGGACGGGGAGGGGUGUUGUUGUCGCGGACUCGAGGAGUGCUCGGGUUGCCGCCCUGGUGCUUCCCCCCCCCAGCCCUCUCCAGAGGACCGAGGAUAUUGUAAGACAUCCAGUUACUUCUCAACCGGUUCUCUUUGUGGAAGAAAAGUGAGUAAUCUCCAUGGAAGAUACUCAGGAUUUAAAUGAACAGUCAGUGAAAAAAACGUGCCCAGAUUCAGAUGUUUCAGAAUCUCAGAAUUCCAGAUCUAUGGAAAUGCAGGAUCUAGCGAGUCCUCAUAAUCUUGUGGGAAGCAAUGAAGCACCAGGUAGUUCUAAACUGGACAAAUCUAAUCUUAGCACCACAUCUGUUACAACAAAUGGAACAGGCGGAGACAACAUGACUGUUUUAAACACUGCAGAUUGGUUGUUGAGUUGCAGCACUCCUUCUUCUGCAACAAUGUCUCUUCUUGCAGUCAAAACAGAGCCUAUGAACAGUAAUGACUCAGCAACAACAACAAGUGGAGAUGGAUCUCUUGACAAUUUUACUGGGUCAGUGAUAACAAGUAACAGCUACAGUCCAAGAUCAUCACAUCAAUACUCACCGCAGCUAUAUCCUUCCAAGCCCUAUCCACAUAUUCUUUCUACUCCAGCAGCUCAAACAAUGUCUGCCUAUGCCAGUCAGACCCAGUAUUCAGGAAUGCAACAACCAGCAGUGUAUACAGCCUACUCACAGACUGGGCAACCUUACAGCCUACCCGCUUACGAUUUGGGUGUAAUGUUGCCGGGCAUCAAGACAGAAAGUGGACUUUCACAAACACAAUCACCAUUGCAGACUGGGUGUCUUAGUUACAGCCCAGGGUUCUCCACGCCACAGCCAGGCCAAGCACCAUAUUCAUACCAAAUGCCAGGUUCUAGUUUUACACCAUCCUCCACUAUUUAUGCAAACAAUUCAGUAUCAAAUUCUACAAACUUCAAUAGUUCACAACAGGAUUAUCCAUCAUAUGCAGCUUUCAGCCAAAAUCAAUAUCCACAGUAUUAUUCAACAUCAACAUACGGAGCAUACAUGACAUCAAAUAACACCACAGAUGGUACCUCUUCAUCCUCAUCAACAUACCAGCUCCAAGAAUCCCUUCCAGGUCUUACUACUCAACCAGGAGAGUUUGAUGCUGUGCAGAGCCCUUCAACUCCAAUCAAAGAUCUUGAUGAAAGAACGUGUAGGAGUUCUGGGUCAAAAUCAAGGGGCAGAGGGAGGAAAAAUAACCCAUCUCCUCCUCCUGAUAGUGACUUGGAGCGUGUAUUUGUUUGGGAUUUGGAUGAAACUAUCAUUGUCUUCCAUUCACUUCUUACAGGAUCUUAUGCACAGAAAUAUGGAAAGGAUCCACCUGUAGCAGUGACUCUUGGACUGCGCAUGGAAGAAAUGAUUUUUAAUCUUGCUGAUACUCAUUUAUUUUUCAAUGAUUUAGAGGAAUGUGAUCAAGUACAUAUAGAUGAUGUCUCCUCCGAUGACAAUGGACAAGACCUAAGUACCUACAGUUUUGCAACUGAUGGCUUCCAUGCAGCUGCAAGUAGUGCAAACCUUUGUCUGCCAACAGGUGUAAGAGGAGGAGUUGACUGGAUGAGGAAGCUGGCAUUCCGUUACAGAAGAGUCAAAGAAUUAUAUAAUACUUAUAAAAACAAUGUAGGAGGACUUCUUGGCCCUGCAAAAAGAGAUGCAUGGCUACAGUUAAGAGCAGAGAUUGAGGCUCUCACUGACUCCUGGCUGACCAAUGCACUUAAAUCAUUAUCAAUUAUUAGUACAAGGAGUAACUGUGUAAAUGUCUUGGUAACAACAACUCAACUUGUACCAGCCCUAGCAAAAGUGCUUCUGUAUAGUUUAGGAGGUGUUUUUCCUAUUGAAAAUAUUUACAGUGCAACUAAAAUAGGAAAAGAAAGCUGUUUUGAGCGUGUAGUGUCCAGGUUUGGCACUAACAUAACUUAUGUUGUGAUUGGAGAUGGCCGAGAUGAAGAGCAUGCAGCUAACCAGCAUAACAUGCCCUUCUGGAGAAUAUCUAGUCACUCCGACCUCCUGGCUCUACAUCAAGCGCUGGAAUUAGAAUAUUUGUAACUGUUCUUUUUUUUAUACAUAUUUCAAAGUACACUGAUUUUUUUUUAACUUUGGAUAUGGUGCCUCUGGCUUUACACAUAUUAUCGUCUUAAAAAGAAAGAGCAAUAUAUGGAUUCCAUUGCAAAGAAUUCAAAUCGUCGAAUGAAGACACACGUUUUAAUAUGACAUAAGGAUUCUGUCCAUGGUCUUAUAUAUUCAGCAUUUUGAUGAUUAAAAAAACUAGCAAAAUGAUUGCUGGUCCACACCAAAUGAGCCCUAGCCAGAGUGAACAAGGUUUGCAAUAGACAAGGAGAAGGAGAAGAAUGAAUGCAUUUUGUGAAUGACAAGGGUGGUAUUCAACAACAUUCCUCACAAUGGGAUAUAUUCUCAGCACGGAGGUUUGAAUCAAACUUUAGGCUACCUACCUGACCCAGAGAAUUGGGAUGCACUUGGACUAUACAAUGGCAGUCCUGUCUCAAUCCAUAAUAGGUGUAAAUUAUUAGUGAAAAUAAUUUACUGUGACAUUAGCAACUGACUUUGGAGGUGGAUGCAAUUUAUUAUAUUGUUUUGUUUUGUUUUGGAGGUGUGUGGGAAGGGGGUAUAUAAUAAUAAUUGUCUCUUUUAUAAACUUGGCAGACAGAAUGUUGAUGUGUUGUGCCUUAAAUGACAAGACCUUGUUUGUGUGUUACAGUGUAACAUUGGUUUAAAAUUAUGUAGAUAAAAAGAUAAAUCUUUGUGAUAAUUUUUGACAUGACCAAAUUUCAAAUUCAAUUAAUCAGUACUGCAUAAAAGCAGUUUUAAGUGUUUGUUGCAGUAAGAGAAAAAAUAUAUAACUGAAAGUUAGUGUUUUUAUUUAGAUUCUUAAUAAUUCCACUGAUUGUAUGCAAAUAUUUUUUUUCAAAAAAAUGUCAAAAGGUUGGAAUAUUCGGUAUUGUGAGAAAAUAGUUGACAUGACAAAUUAUUUGACAAUUUUUCCUUAAUUUUUGUGUUUAAAAAAAAUUAACUUGUGCUGCAAUGAGUUUAAUUUAUGGUAUAUGUGCAAAAAAACCACCCUACUCUUACCUAUUGACCUGGUAUCAAAUUAUAAUGUAGUAUACUUAACAUUCAGUAAGGUACAUAUAAACAUGGCUGAAUGAGGAAAGUUUAAGUAAAAGAAAACAGCAAAAUUUAAAAAAAAAGAAAAGGAAUUGUUGACUAUGUGUGCAACAAAAAACAAGUAGAUAUACAAAAAGAUCACUAGAUGAACCAUAAUGUUUCUCCUAAAAUUGUCAAGUAAAGUAAAAUGCAAUCUAUAAAUUGCCUAUUAUGUGGUCCAUUCAAAAAGAUCCUUUCAGUUCAUGAGUUUCUACCAGCACUUAAAUCCUUCAUAACUGAUUUUGUAGCUGUAGGUCAGCAUGAAUUUCAGUUGGAAUGCUCCGUUCCUCUCUAUGCAAUAGGCAUAGUUUUUCCUGUGCAUAUUGACUAUGCUUACAUUUAUUUGCAGCAAUGGUUUUUCUAACAUUGCACUAUAUUAUGGAUUCUUGAAUAAACCAGAGUUGGUUUGAUUCAUACAAUAUAUGAUGUCAAAAUCAAACAGUCAUAUUAUCGCUUAUUUGAAUGUGUAAAUUCAAGUCCUGCAUAUUAUUUUGAUCUCGUGUUUGCGUAAUAAUAGUGUACAAAUCAUUUGUUACAAAGGAGGUGGGCAGUGGCAAGACCCCACCCUACUUUAGAAUCCUACCCCUCCCCAAGGAUUUAAACAAGCUGUGACUUUGAGGUGGGCAACAAGAGUACUUUCGUUCCUUCUCAUUUCUAAGGACUUCUAAUAUGAGAUAGAUAGUUGUAACUCCACUCGGUUUAGUUUAAUGAUUGGUUUUACAGAUAGUCCUUGACUUACAACAGUUCAUUUAGUGGCCGUUCAAAGUGACAAUAGCACUGGAAAAAGUGAUUU